CAUCUUGACCACUUUAUACUUGACUUACUAAAGUGACAUCAAGGUGACUUGACCUAGACUUUUCUUUUUUCAUCUCAACUUUAUUAUUUUUAUCUGUUUUUUUAUCGUCAAGUUUCAAACAUGAUUUGUAUUCGUUAUCGGUUGGUUUUUUAUUUGGUUACAUUUUGCUUGAUUGGUCAACAUUCAGCUGCUCCAGUUAUUGAAGAUUCAACAGCUGAUUAUGGAACAGCACCAGUUUCGCCCUUAAAUCCUGUCGAUGAAAGUACCUCGAGCCCAUCUGAUUUGAUUAUGAUUGAUUCAACAAGUCAAACAAAGGUUAAGUCAUCUAAUCGUUUCGCUGAGACAAUCAACAACAUGAGAGAUCGUGUUGAGAAGAGUCGUCAAGUGUUAACUGGAAUUGUUGACUCAUUUGUAUCAAAUCCUGGUGAUGGAAGUAAGUUAGAAGAGGCUUUGGCCCAAUACGAUGAGGUUGUUGAAGAUAUUGAAGCUGAUUUCACCAAAGCUAAACUGGAAUUUGGCUUAAGAAUGGAACAAAAUGUGGACAAAGCGAAUGAAACAUUAGAUCAAAUGGAGAAACAGUUACAUGAUCUUAAUACACAAUUUAUCAACUGGAGCACCAUAAAUAGAGCUCGGAUGACCAAACAAUUGAGACAAGGAUUGUUACAAUUUAAUGAUUUUCUUAGCUCAGGAGUGGAGAUGUUGUUGGAAGCUUCAGAAAAAGGUAAAGAUGUAAUAAGGAACUUGCAACGACGCCGUUUUGAUUCCAAACAAUCGCCUUUUCAAUCAACUGAAGAUUCUCCAAAAAGAUCUGGUUUAUUCAUCCCAUUCCUGGGUCAGUUGUGAUUCAAAAAUUAAUCACCUUUUGAUACAUCCCAACGAAUAAUUAACCAACACUAACUUUAUUAUAUUUAUUCUAACACUUAUAAUUAAGAUUGUGACCUCAAAAUAUAUUAAACAGUAUUCAGCAACGAAA